GCCAUACUUGAAUAUCUCUGUGUGUGUGUGUGUGUGUCAUAGAAUAGUUUAUCGUAUUCCAGUACGCCGUCUCCAUCCCCGGCAUCGGUGAAUUCUCACCUAAACAAUCCUGCCACCGUCAGCCGCGUUAAAUAACACCCCCGUCGUCUAAUUUUUCUUUUUUUUUUUUUAUAUCAUCAUUCUUUCAUCAUUAUUUUCAAUUUCUUUUUAUCAUUCUUGCAUUGUUCACCUUUACCCGGGGGAUUGAGAACUGCUCCAGUACCCGAGGCGAACACCUCGUUCGGAUUUCGUGGUGGAAUUUUUUUUGAGUAAAAAAUUGGAAAAUAUCGAUGUGUGGGGGUGGAUGAGGAUAUUGAGGAAUUUUUUUUCACAUUGUACACGAUUGAACAGUAUGCCACAGUGAGGAUAUAAAGACUGACAAAUAAAAAAUAUGAAGUUGACCUCCCUAGCACUGACUCUGCUACUGCCUCUGACACUUGGCCUGACAUCCUCCGAUGAUGAUCUCGUCUUUGAUGACAUAACUGAAGAGACAUCACCACCUACUCUACCAACUCGUCAUAAGGAGCACGAUGUGAAAUCCCACAGACCCAAGAAAUAUAAAAAGAUCGAGAGAUUCUGGGGUAUAGCCGAUGGUAUUGCGGUCGUUGGACAGGUUUUUAAACUGAAAAUACCGAAGCAAGCGUUCAGUGGGAAUAUAGAUCGCUAUGACAUUCGAGGAAAUAAUGGAAAGCCACUGCCCCAUUGGCUAGCUUUUGACGAUGCUGCUUCCACUAUUGUUGGUGUACCAACCAGGAAAGACGAGGGCCACCACCGGAUCACCGUCAAAGCACACGGAAAGCACGGAGGAAUUGCUGAUGAUAAUUUCACAAUUCGAGUUGUCAACGACAAUUAUUCGGAAAUAAAAAAUAAAAAUUACAGAAAUCGUUGUGACGAAUCCGAAGACAAGACUGUGAUGACUAUUUUGUUGGACACGAGAUUCGAUAGUUUGAGACCAACAGUGAAAGUCGAAGCUAUCGAGAAUCUCGCGGGUUUCUUGGGACUGCACAAUAAUGAUCUCUUCAUGUACUCGCAAAGUAAAAAGGAGGAAAAUCCCUCUGACCAGUCGACAAUUGUUCUGACUGGUCCAGGAAAUGUGAAGCGUCGUAAGGAAAAGCAUUCUAGUGUAAUUCAAUGGCAGGUGGGCUGCGACGGUCAUCUGUGGAAACACCAGGCAGACAUUGUCAAGCAGAUUCACGAACAGGCGAGGGAUGGAACCCUCACCGAAGUCCUCCAACUGCCCGUUCUCUCAUGGAGGGUGAAAAGUGAUACCAGCGAUCUCCUGCGAAAUCGCCGAGAGACAGGCUCCGGUGAUUACGGUAACAACGACAAUGAGAGUGACAAUGAUAAUGACAACGACUAUGAUGAUCGUGAUUAUGAUUACGACAAUCCCGAGCCCUUCGACGACGCUGAUAAUGAUCGGGAUAAUACAGAUGAUAAUGAGGCUAUUACGGAAAUACCACGUAGGGCAUUCGUACCUAGUGCAUCCGAGCCCAAACCCUUCCCAUCCGAGUCCGAUCAUCCCCAUCGACAUCAUCAUGGACAGGAGACUGUUGAUUGGGAGACGGAAGAGCAAGUUAAAUUAGACGAGAUUCUGCGAGCAAGCAAUCCCCAGGAGAACGCCAUCAACACGACAACUUCAUCACCUCCAAGACUGACAACAACAGAGCAAACAAGUGCCACACAAAACUCAUCACCCACACCGAGUUUCGAACCAGUCACAACUCCGAAAACACCGAUUCAACAAGCAACAACUGUUGGCGAUGUACCAUCACCUAAAACAUCAACAAUAUCCACGACAUCAGCCGAUCCAACAACAACGAAUGUUACCGAUUCAUUAAGUACAGCUGAUGACAUACAAACGGAAUUAACCCUCGAUAAUUCAACUUUAACAAAUACAAUAAGAGCCGAUUUAGAGACUGUCCGGCCGACGAUAUCAACGGAUAAUGAUACAUUAUCAUCGACUGAAUUAACAACAUUGCCAAAUUCAUUAGGAAUAGUAACUUCAUCAACGGAAAAACAGGAAAAUAAUAGUACAAUCGAUGAGAUCAUUGAGUCAACGGAAAUAUCGACAACGGACAAAACGUCGACGAAUGCUCCAGUGAUCCUCCCAUCGUCAACAAUUACCGAGCCUUCAACAACUCCAUCAACUACCUCAACGACCACUACAACUGAAAAAACCACAACUGAGGAAGCAACAACAACAAGUACUACAACGACAACAACAACGACAACUCCAUCAACAACGACAGCCUCGACCUCCACCUCGACUUCGACUUCGACUUCGACCACCACUACCACCACGACAACUGAGCCACCUAAAACGACAAGUGAGGGCUUUGAGUUUGGCAUUAAGAAUAUGCCACCUAAACAGGACAGGAGACUUAAGAAGAUUGCGGUGACAGCUGGGAAGCCACUGAGUUUCAUCAUUCCAUCCAAUACCUUCAGUGAUAUUGAGGAUGGUGACACGAGGAAUUUGAGAUUAAGACUUUUGCUGAAGGGUAAUUCCGUGAGAAGUACUCACUGGCUACAAUUCAACGAUAGAACACAAGAAGUUUACGGACUGCCCCUGGAGAAUGACAUUUCUCAAUGGGAGUAUGACGUUGUGGCAUCAGAUCGUGAAGGCCUCACUGUAUCAGACAGCCUGGAUAUAUACGUGCAACAGCAGAAAUUCACAAAAUCGAUCAAUCACGAGUUUAGCAUAUAUUUGGAGAUUGUUGAACGUUCGAAAUUCCCGACGAAUGUCGAUUGGGAAUUGAAGACGGUUCAACGUCUUGCACAAUUGUACGGUGACACUGACGGGAGUCAAAUUACAGUGCGCUCAAUAGAGACUGAAAAUAAUAUGGCGAUAUUCACUUGGACGAAUGACAGCGUGCCCAGGAGCAGUGAAUGUCCCAAGGAUGAGAUCAAUAAACUGUUGCAUGUAUUGAUAGCAGAUCAAAACGAGACACCUAGUGCCCUCCUUCAACAAAUUCUCUCCCCAGAAAUUCGUGUGACCCGUGUGGUGUACCAGGGCCACGGCCAGUGCGAAACGAUGAUUCAGCCUGAGGCCCCAGUGGUCCCCGAGGUAGAAACACCCAGAGAACCCAAGAAGAACCUCUUCCCCCUGCCAAGAAACCAAGUGGACCAGAUAAAUGCAGUGGUUGGUCAAUUGCUGACCUUCCGAGUCCCAGAGGAUACCUUCUUCGAUCACGAAGACGGCUCCUCCAGGAACAUGAAGAUGUCCCUCUUGAACAUCGAUAGAACAGAGAUAUCGCCGAAGGACUGGCUACAAUUCGAUGGCAAAAACCAGGAGUUCUACGGUGUUCCUCUCGAGGAGGAUUACAUAAAAUACAGUAGAAGACAAUAUCAACUCGUUGUUGUUGAUAAAGAGGGAGCAGAAGCUGUGGAUACUCUGGUGGUGGUAAUCGAAAAAGCCGAUGAUGUACGUCACCUCGUUGAUUUCUCCAUGACCCUCCACAUUCCCUAUGAAUCAUUCAUCCACUCGUCAAUUCAAAAACGCAAUUUCAUCGAGAAACUUCGAGAUCUUUUCGGUGAUAAAGACACAAGCUCGAUAUCAAUAUCUGGUAUCACUCCAGGGAGUACAGUUAUCAACUGGAAAAACACAUCAUUACCAACGAAUUAUUGUCCAGACGCUGAGAUCAAGAGACUAAUGGAGAUACUGGUUAAGCCAGAUAAAUCCCUGACUGAUCACGUUAACGAGAUAAUGGGAAAAGACUUUCCAGUGCAACAGGUGACUCUCAUACCCCUGGGAAUUUGCGUUGGGGAAUUGACUAGAGUACACACACCUGGUAGCUACAUACCACCAUCCGAGGAUUCAACAGCUGUGAGAUCAUCACAGGACGAUUAUCUCAUUACUUUUAUUCUACCCGCUGUUAUAAUUGCUGCUAUGAUACUGUUGGCUGGUAUCAUUGCUUUUAUACUCUACCGAAGAAGAAGAAGUGGCAAGAUGAGUGUCAGUGAGCACGAUGACGAGAGACAGAGUUUCCGAAGCAAGGGAAUUCCUGUGAUAUUUCAGGAUGAGUUGGAAGAGAAACCUGAUCCCGGGAAUAAAUCGCCUGUGAUUCUUAAGGAGGAGAAACCCCCCCUGCCACCACCAGAGUAUCAAAAGUCUGACGACGGUGCGGAUCAGCCAAUGUUGCCAAAAGAAAAUUCAGAAGAGCCAUAUCAACCACCACCACCAUUUGCCCGUACAUCGGACAACAAUCGUCAGAAUCGACCAAAACCAACGCCAACAUACAGAAAGCCACCCCCCUAUGUGCCACCCUAACAAAAUAAGACAAAAUCGCAGAGAAAAAAUCACGUACCAACGAUGCUCGGAGACUCGAACGUAAUUAAGACUAAAAA